CAGACAGAUGGACAGACAGGGGGCUGGACAGAAGGGGUCCAGUUUCUUGAAGCCGCCGGAGGUCCUGGAAGUCUGGUUCCCACCUUGAGAGCCUCUUCCCACAGGCAAUGCACACCCAGGCUCCGGAGGACAGAGCGGCCCCACGUCUUCAUACCCACCAGUCCGUCGGCUCCUUCUCCGGGCCAAGAACACCUAGGAGAAACGAGGCACCCCACCCUCCACAUUCCUCCAGGACAAAAAGCAGCCAGUCCCUGUCGCUCCCAUCUCUGUGAAGAGACCGGCUUCUAGCAGACGGUGCUGGGCUGACUCGCCAUCAUGCCAGGCCCGCUCAGUCUCCCAACACUCUGCCAUUUCCUUCUCCUCUGGGCCUUCGCCAUCUUCCACAAAGCCCUGGGGGACACAGCACCCCACCCUGGCCCCCACUACCUCCUGCCCCCCAUCCACGAGGUCAUUCACUCUCGUCGUGGGGCCACGGCCACGCUGCCCUGCGUCCUGGGCGCCCCGCCUCCCAGCUACAAGGUACGCUGGAGCAAAGUGGAGCCGGGGGAGCUCCGGGAAACUCUGAUCCUCAUCACCAACGGCCUGCAAGCCCGGGGCUACGGGCCCCUGGGGGGUCGCGCCAGGAUGCGGAGGGGGCAUCGGCUGGACGCCUCCCUGGUCAUCGAGGGCGUGCGCCUGGAGGACGAGGGCAGGUACCGCUGUGAGCUUAUCAAUGGCAUCGAGGACGAGAGCGUGGCGCUGACUCUGCGCCUGGAGGGUGUGGUGUUUCCGUACCAGCCCAGCCGGGGCCGGUACCAGUUCAAUUACUACGAGGCGAAACAAGCGUGUGAGGAGCAGGACGGGCGUCUGGCCACCUACGCGCAGCUGUACCAGGCGUGGACCGAGGGCCUGGACUGGUGCAACGCGGGCUGGCUGCUCGAGGGCUCGGUGCGCUACCCGGUGCUCACGGCGCGCGCCCCGUGCGGCGGCCCGGGGCGGCCGGGGAUCCGCAGCUACGGGCCCCGCGACCGGAAGCGCGACCGCUACGACGCCUUCUGCUUCACUUCCAUGACCGCAGGCCACGUGUUCUUUGUGCCCGGGCGGCUGACGCUGUCGGAAGCGCACGCGGCGUGCAGGCGGCGCGGGGCCACGGUGGCCAAGGUCGGGCACCUCUACGCCGCCUGGAAGUUCUCGGGGCUGGACCAGUGCGACGGCGGCUGGCUGGCGGACGGCAGUGUGCGCUUCCCCAUCACGUCGCCGCGGCCGCGCUGCGGCGGCCUCCCGGACCCGGGCGUGCGCAGCUUCGGCUUCCCGCGAGCCCAGCAGGCGGCCUUCGGGACCUACUGCUACUCGGAGUAGGACCGCCGCCGUCCCCGUCCCGUAGUCCGCCCCGGCCGGGGGUCCCGGCGGGCCGCGCGUCGGAGGGGAGGUGGCGAUGCCUGGCGGGACCUCGGACGCACGGAUCCCGCCCGGCCGGCGGCCGUUCGCGCGCGCCCGCGGCCGCUGCUGGGGGCGGACCGGCGCCCCAGGGCAUUAACCGACUUCUGUGCCCAGCAGCCCAGUAACUUGAGGACUUUCUGCGUCUAGUCGGAGGU